CCUGUUGGUCCAACAAAGAGAGUUUAUAGUGAAUGAAUUUUUAGAAAUCUUAUUUUGGAUUGUUGAAAAGUGUUAAGAAAUCAGUAAACUUUGACACAUUUUAUAAUGAUUCAUUGAGAGAAGAAUGGUUUUGCCUUAUGAAAAUGUUGAACUUACAAAAGAGCUAUGUAUAUUGAAUUGAGAAUUGGGAGAGUUAUUAUAGUAAAUGAAAUCUUAUGUCUUGGAGCGACUUUGUAGAGUCCCUGUAGGCCACUGACACUCUUUGGAGAGAGCUUAUUUCCCUCUUGUUCACUUUGUUUAUUGUUGUAAGUAAGCAUAUGUAUAAUGGGGAGGUGGGAGAACAAUAAACAGCCAUUCUCCAACAAAUAAAGAGCUCCACAGAUGCAGAUUUUUUCAGUGGCACUGCCCGUUUGGUCGGCCUUUGAUACAUUGGUACUCUAAUUAAAAUCAUACAUCGGUCUCUUGCAACGCUAGGGUAUAACACCCGAAGAAGAACACCUAAACAGCAGGCUUUGUUUGUAUACUGCGCUGAGUCUUUAUGCUUUGCCAAAUUAAUUUUGUUGUUGUCUGGUUGAACAUAACCUCUUUCUAUUGGGUUUCCUGUCCGGGGUUGAUGAUGUAAAUCAAGUUAUUGAUGAUGCAAUCAUGACCCCGCAUGUUGUCCUGAAGGUAGAUCUAGUCAAUGUCUACUCAAUAUACCAGAUCUUGAUUUCUUUCCAUCUGAGGUAGAUUUUUUCUCCCUAGCGUUACUGUAAGGAGUCUUUGGUCGAUCAAUGCUGGAGUUGCCUGACAAAACAGUAUUAUGGCUUCCCUGGGUCUCUUUAGUAAUUUCUGAAGGAUCUUUUACAAUUAGCAAAGCUAUUAGUUAACUUGCAUGUUUAUGAUCAACCCCUAUUGUGCAAGAAAAUAUGGUUUUAAAAUGCUUUACACUCAUGAUCAAGAGGAGAAUGUCCUUCCUUUCAAAGAAAAACAAUCAGAUGUUUUGUAAUUAAAGUGAAGUCAAAAAAUCGAUCUUUCAUUUUCAAUGUCUUGGAAAAUUCUAUGUUUGAAUUUAAACUAAUUAUAGCAGGCAUCAGUUCUUCUUGAACAAAACACCAAUUCUCAUACACAAGAGGUAUUUCAGAAAGUUAAUAGCUUCAAUUGACACAAAUUGAAUGAGAAACGUUUUUCAAUCACGCUGCUGACUUGAAGAAUCAACUUCACAAGCGAAGGAGUUUUUUUUUUAAACCCUUUAAAUUAAGUUUUAAAAAUUUAGUGGAUGAAUGGAUGAGUGAUCGACUCUGCAGAUAUAUAACUAAUGAAGUUGUAAAAAUUAGUUUGCUUAGUAUUUUUGGAUUUUGUAUAAAGAGAACUAGAUACUUUAUAGAGAGGCUGUUCUAUGUGUGUUCGCUCAAUGCUUGUGUGACUGAACAAUCCUAUACAGCAUGGGGCAGGGUAUUUAAUCCAGUAAUGACUUUGGUCACAUUUUUGUGACUCCAGCUUAAAAAAAGAAAAGAGAGAAGACUUUCCAAAGAGAUUAGACAAGUGAUAGCAGGUGUCAGGAUAUUUAUCUGUUUGGAAGGGUUAAGACGGAUUUAGUCGUGUACCUGUAGUCGAACUAUUGGAGGCCCAGAGAGCUGGCCAUUAGCUUGAGGAAACAUUUACUUUACCUCUGGAGCAAGGGAUUGAGAAAUUCAGAAAAAAUCUUCUGGAUUUGCCUGGUUUUUGUGUGAGGUUUCUGAAGUUUAAAAGAGAAUAAAUUAGUGACUUCUUACACCUGUAUCGAGUGAACUUGCUUUAUCUGGACUCUGGACAAAUGACUUUAUUCGUGGAGUGUUACUUAUAAAUGUUGUUAAGAGGAUAUUUAACUGACCGGUAUAAGGAUAAUUCAUCUACCUGGUACUUUUUUCCUGUGGAUACCUGCAAGAACCAUAGAUGGAAUAGUACCUCACAAUGACAUGAUAUCUGCUGAAAGGUGGAGGUGAAUUGCAGCAUAAUAUAGAUGCAGACACAAAAGGUGCCAGCAAUGGACAGCAACUACAACUACAGACCCAAAGGUCAAGGUCAACCAAAGAGGAGAAGUCGUCUCAAGGACGGUCGCAUGAAUGGUAGCACAGGCAGUUGUUCAUCGGAUGAAGAUUUUCAUUCAGACGACAACUUGCGACCUUACGAGGAGGUGAAGGUCGCUCACCAGGACAAGAAACUGAAUGGACUUGGUCUAGACCCCGAAGAGCAUGUUGAGUUAACAGCCAUGGACCAAAAGGCUCAUAGGAUGUGUUCCAAAAAUAACAACAAAACUCCUCAUUUUUACACAUACCAGGAAGGGUCCGAGGGUGAGGAAUCUGAACAGAAUCUCUCUGUGUCCACUAAACACGCCUCCUUAAAUGUCAAUCAUCAGGGCUCCCAGUGCUCAAUGUCAUCCAAUGAAAUGGACAAUAUGCAUUCUGUGCGGAAUGAGGUGGUUUCCAGGCUGUCAGACUCUGACCCUGACAACCAAACUCAGCAUGUUCACUCACCGCAUGGCCACAAUAAGUUCCACCAUGCAGCUACAGCACCAGGGGGUCUUCCACCGUGCUUUAACCCUCCUCCCCCACCCCCACCCAUUGAAGACAUUCCACAUCAAACAACAGUGCCGCAGAGAGUAAACCGAUGCAUGGGUCCCUCGUAUCGAGGCACGUACUCGGAUGCUGAAAUGUGCCAUUGUCGCGGUCACUAUGUGGACUCAAACACUGCAUUACUUCACAAUCACCACAAUGUAAGGGGACAUUACUCUGACAAUGAGAACCCCUAUCACAGGGGCCACUCCUGUUCCGACAGUGAACACUAUCACCAAGUGAGACAGUGUGUGUAUUCUGGAGAGGAGAGUGAUUUUGAACCACAUUAUUUGGAGCAGACAGCUUCUGGCAACGUCUUCAUUCCAGAUGGACAACCUCGGUUUCCACGCACAGUGCCAAGGUCGGGGUCAGUGCCGAUGUCAAGGUCAGGAGAACUAGUCAGUCCACAACCUGUCCGACCCCAGUGUUCUAACACUGUUCCCAGUCACUUCAUGAAUGGAGACCAUCACAACUCAGAAAGGCAGGCCUUUCUUCCCCACAGUCAUUGUGGUUACCCAGGCAAUAUGACAUCACCACCCCGAUCCCACGACUGUGGCUACACUAAAUUCGGCAAUACACCCCACUACAUGAAACAGAAACUGAAGCGGUGGAGCUGGAAGUGGGCGGCCCUGAUCCUAGUCAUCAUCUGUGUGGGGCUCCUAGCAGCCACCACCUACUUUGCAGCUCAUUUGACGUUUGAAAAGAAUGAGAAGAAAGAGGAGAAACCUGGUGCCUUAAACCACACAGUGUUAAAGUUUACCCAGACCCCCUUGCUUCUGGACGGCGACAGACCAACCUACAUCACAAUCUCCCCACUGACCCUCUGGCAGACCUACUUCAUCCAGAGCGAUUCCAAGUUUGUCAAGUUCGAUUUCACCAUUCCAAACAGUGCGCGUCUGGCUAUCUAUGGCCGACGGAACUUCCCGCCUACCAUCGCUCAGUUUGAUUUCUACCAGGUGUACGAUGGAAGUACGAUCAAAGAGCCUGAAUCACAGACUUUCAGAAACCGGUAUAAACGAUCUCUUCCUGAUAAGGAGACGGCCAUGAUUCAGCUGAUGGAAAAGGGCAAGUGGUACCUGACCAUCUACAAUGACCGGGAUCAGCCGCAGGAGAUAGGCGUGGCCAGAAGAACCAUUGAUUUCAUGGGAACCAAUUGUGAGAGUAACUGUUACGGACAUGGUCUCUGUGACAACCAGGGGAGGUGUCAGUGUUUUAAUGGUUACAGGGGACCAUACUGCUCAGAACGUGAAUGCCCCCACCUUUGUAACGGUCAGGGAGAAUACCGCCAGGGUGUGUGUGUCUGUCACGAGGGCUGGAAAGGGGCGGAGUGUGACAUCCCCGCCAAUAAGUGCGAGAACCCGACCUGUAACAACAGAGGGCAGUGCAUCAAUGGCCAGUGUCAGUGUGAGAAAGGCUUCACCGGCCCGCACUGUGGAAUCGUGACCUGUAUUGACCCUAGUUGCUCUGGUAACGGGCUUUGUCACCUGGGUAAAUGUGUCUGCUAUAAAGGGUUCAAGGGAGACCACUGUCAAUUACCCGACAAACUUAACCUGACUCAUCUCUGUGCCCGCGACUGCUCGGGGCAUGGGCAGUUUGACUGGGACACGGGCCAAUGCAUCUGUGAUAGAUUCUUCAAGGGCAAGGAUUGUGAGCAAGAAAUGUGUCGUCUGCGCUGUAUAAACGGAUACUGCCACAACCAGCGCUGUGUGUGCGAUGAGGGAUGGGGCGGAGUCUUGUGCGACACACGUAACUGUGACCCGCGCUGUGAUGGAAUUAAGGGCCAGUGCGACAAGGGAACGUGUAUCUGUCGAACCGGCUGGAAUGGAAAACACUGCACAAUAGAUGGAUGUCCAAACUCCUGCAAUGGCCAUGGUAGUUGUCGUCGCUAUGGAGACAAGGGUUACAAAUGUGACUGUCAUGCUGGCUGGAAAGGAAACGGCUGUGAUAUUGCCAUGGAGAUGAUGUGCUCCAAUGGCGACGAUGAUGACAAAGAUGGACUGAGGGAUUGCUUGGACCCGGACUGUUGCUCCAGCGCGGCUUGUGCCCAGAAUCCAUUCUGUCAGACCGUGCAGGACCCCGCCGAAAUCCUCCUCCAGAAACCAAAGCCUAGCUCCACUGCUUCGUUCUUCAAGAAGAUGAAGUUCCUUAUUGAUAACAAUAGCAUACAGAAGGAGACCUCAAAGAAUGCCUUCAAUGAAACACAAGUUUCUGUAAUUCGGGGACGUGUUGAGACACGAGAUGGCACUCCUUUGGUCGGUGUCAAGGUCAAUGUCAGAAUUCAGCCCUUGUAUGGCCACACCCUCACCAGAAAUGAUGGAAUGUUUGACAUUCUUGUCAAUGGAGGUGGUUCUGUUACCCUGGAGUUUACACGGCAACCAUUCCAAUCCCACACUAUCAGUGUAUCAGUACCAUGGAACCAGAUCGUCACCAUGGAGAUGGUCGUCAUGGACCUGCACUCUGUAGACUUCUCUGAGCCUGACCCUUUACUGUGUGCAGUGGGGCAUGACCACCACACCAUGAAACCCAUCGUUCUUUCCACCUGGCAGCACACACAACUUGGGGCUUGUCCAGAGAAGAGCACACUAAUUCCUGAGUCACAGGUUCUACAAGAGAGUAUAGAAGUUCCAGGCACCAAUGCCCACCUAGUGUACCACAGCAGUGAGACAGAGGGCUACAAAUCUGUGAUCCUCAUUCAGAUGACCCCUGAUACCAUUCCUACCAACCUGGCCCUGGUCCACCUCAAAGUCUACGUCCAGGGCAUCGAGAACAUCAAAGUGUUUGAGGCGGACCCAGGUCUUAAGUAUACCUUCUCCUGGGACAGGAUCAACGCAUUCAGACAGAAGGUGUACGGUAUUGUCCCGGUGAAGGUACAUGUGGGAUACGAGUACAAGGGUUGUGAUUACGUGUUCUGGGAGGUCAGGAGCACCACCAUGACAGGGUUUGAUCUGACAUCCUCAGAAAUCGGAGGCUGGAACCUGGACAUCCAUCACACCUACAACUUCCAAGAGGGAAUCCUGCACAAGGGAGAUGGCAGCAAUAUCUACCUGAAGGAGAAGCCCCAAGAACUGGUCAGUAUCCUUGGCAAUGGGAUUCAAAGGAGUCUAGACUGUGCCAUGUGUAACGGAGAUGCCUCCAACAACCAAGUACGUGCCCCGGUGGCGCUGGCCAGUGGUAGUGAUGGAAGCCUUUACAUCUGGGACUACAACUUCAUCCGGAAACUCUCGCCUGGAAGAACCGAGAUAGUCAGCAUUCUAAAAACUGAUUCUGUGUUCCACAAGACUUAUAUGACUGUUAGCCCAGUCAAUGGAAAGCUGUACAUCUCAGACUACAUGAAACAUAGAGUCAUCCAGAUUGCUACUAUGGGACCUGUCCAGAAUCUAGAACAGAACUACAAAGUUAUUGCUGGGAAUGGAGAAGAGUGCUCUACUGGACUUGUUGAUGAGUGUGGGGAUGGAGGACUGGCCAUUCAAGCCCGGCUUCUGGGACCCAAAGGCAUUGCUAUCAACAAAGAGGGGGUGAUAUACAUAGCAGAUAAUCUCAACAUCAGGCAGAUUUCUACCACUGGAAUUAUCUCUACUCUGAUUGGCUCCCACAACCAGCUCAGAACACAGGAACCAAUGUCAUGUGACCAAAGCAGACCAGCUAAUCAGGUUCAGCUACAUUGGCCGGCAGCUUUGGCUAUUGAUCCUCUUGAUGACACUCUCCAUAUACUGGAUAAAAAUGUCAUCUUGAAGCUGACCAAGGACAACUAUAUUGUGACGAUUGCAGGGCGCCCAAGUAACUGUCCAAUCAUAGGCCUGAAUUCCAUGCUGUCAGGGGUUCUGUCUGAUGAAGAAGAGGCCUCCGGGAUAGCUGCUGACGUCCGAUUGGUUGAUGCCCAGAGCAUGGCUUUUGGUCCUCAUGGAGAAAUCCAUGUGGUGGAGAGUGAUCAGCACAGGAUUAACAGGGUACGAGUCAUCACCUCUGAUGGAAGGAUUCAUCACUUUGCUGGAUCCAAAUCUAAAUGCGACUGCAAAUCCAAGACUUGUCUCUGUUACGAUGGAAAGGAGACCCUGGCUGCCCAGGCUUUGUUCAACUCACUGACCUCCAUCACUGUCACUCCGGACGGCAUCGUGCAUAUUGCUGACAACGGAAACCUGCGUGUGUUCUCCAUCAUGUCCAAACUUCCUCAACCGGAUACAGACAACAAAUACAAGGUCUAUUCCCCAGACACAAAGGAGAUGUUCAUCUUCAACGACCAUGGUCAACAUCAACAUACAGUGGAUAUAAUGACAGGACAAUACAUGUACAACUUUACUUACAAUGUCAACUCCUACUUCAGCAAGCUGGUGUCCAUUACGGAUGAUAUCAAGAACAAGAUAGAGCUUACGAGAGACAGCAAUCUCCAGGUCACACAGAUCAUCUCCCCUGGCAACCAGCGAUCUAAACUAGAUAUGAACAAUCAACACAGACUGCAGAAGUUAACCUCACCAAACAAUGACUCCAUCUCGUUCACAUACCGAGACGCCUCGGGUCUGUUGGUAUCCAAAUAUCUCAGUAACGGGCAGAGUUAUUUCUAUCACUACAACGACAUGGGGCGAUUGAUGGAGACUCGACAACCAACAGGGGAAAUAACUUCCUUGGUAACCGACAUCAACACAACGGGAUCAAUUGUGAGGGUCAACACUGACAGCAGUGAUGUCAUCUCCAUGGCAACCUAUGGCAGUGUACAAUCAGUCAUGCAUGUGAAAAUCUCUCAGGGUGUAGCAGAAACUCAAGUGACCUACUUACCUGACGGAGGUGUUGUGGUCAUGUACCCCACAAACAUGUCGAUCAAUAUCGAGUCAGGGGGACACCCAGUUCUAUCCAAUCAGCACAGGAUGCAUUUCAAGCGCAAGAUAAUCGGCCCUAACAAGCUGGUUCACAAGCUGGAGUGGCGGUUCUAUGCCCGGCGUCGGUACAGUCCGUCCUGCGGGCGGAAGACCCUACAGAGACUGGGAAGUAAAAUGAGGGUAGGGGAAUCCCGGCCGCAUGUUAGCAUGUCUGACUCGCCUGACAUCGGGUUCUCCAGAGGCGAGGCCAAAGCCCUCAGGAUUAAUGGGGUAAACCUUCUGUCGGUGGAAUAUGACAGAAUGAACCACACCGAGAGCAUUCUCAACAAGGACUCUCAGAACAUCCUGUGGAUUAUGUACGAUGACAGUGGGCUGCCGGUCCAGUUCCUGCCGUGUAGUGAUCAUCACGCCAUGAACAUCACGUACAACCAGCGCGGACAGAUCACACACUGGCAGUACGGGGAAAUGUGGGAGGAUCUUGACUACAACCGCGAUGGACUUCUGCUGAAUCGGUCCAGAUCCGGAGCAGUCCAGCAUAAGUUUUACUACAGAUACGGAAAAUCAUUGCCUACAGACAUUGUGAUGCCAAGUGGUAAGCAAUAUUACCUGGAAUACAACAGCUUGGGAGAGCUGGAGAAGAUUCGAACCCCAGAUCUUGGGUACCACCACUUCAACCACAUUGUGUCCGUCGGGAAGCAGCGAUACCUUUACUAUGUACCAGAUCUACCAUACCCUUACACCAUGGAAUACGACGGCAAUGGUAAACUCCUAAUGGUGGUGUACCCCAGUGAACAGAGAAGGAUGGUAUAUCGCUACAAUAGCUACUCCCAACCUAUCACCAUCUUGUUCGAUGAAACACAAGUUGAGUUGGAGUACGAUGAACAGAUUCUGAAGCUGUCCCAAUCCACCAUUUCUAGUGGGGCCUACAGCUGUGUCACAGCGUACAGUUAUGCAGGGUCACUGGUGUCAAGCUACUCCUUGAAAUUCCCCAAAGACAGUAAUCUUAUAUCUGGUUCCUUUUCCUAUACCUAUGAUGAUAACUUUAGGAUUAUCCAGAUUAAUUCAGCGUUUGGGGCACGUAUUAAUGAAACCAGUACUAGCUAUACAUACGAUUCUGAUACAGGGAAACUAAAAACACUUGGUCCUCUGAACUUGACAUUUAGGACAAUGUAUGACUCGGAGACUAUAUCCGACAACCACGCUACCAUUUCUCGUAGUUAUGAUAAAUAUGGGCGUGUGGAAAUCGUCCAGUAUCGAUUUGAUAGGGAUAGUGUAUUGACACUCAAAAUAGGCUAUGAUGAGUAUAACAGAAUUCACAGAUGGGAGAGGAAUGUGAAUGGAGAUGAAAUCAAAUACCUGUACUUCUAUGACAAGGACAGUAAUAUUGAAGAAGUUUAUAUUAAUGGAGCGUCUGCCUGGAGAUUCAGCUACAGUAACAAUGGGAACGUCAAACGCUUGACCAGGAACGGGGAGUCUGUGGACUUGGAGUACGACUCUGGGGACAGAAUCAGCAAAUCAGGGAACAAAAACUACAAGUUCGAUGAGGAUGGCUUCAUGGCUAAGAGACAAGAUCAAGAUCUCAAGUUCAACUCUAACGGACAGCUGGUCUAUGUGGCUAAAACUGGGGUACACAGAUAUUUUUACUUCUAUGACUCCUCAGAUCGGCUUGUCCUUAUGGAAUCUAAUGGUGGAGAAAUGAUGCAGUAUUUCUACAGUGAUGUCUUGAACCCAGACCGCAUUACUCACACCUAUAACCGAACAUCUACUGAGGUCACCGAGUACGUUUAUGAGCCCAAUGGAAACCUGAUUGCAAUGAAACGCAGUGGCAAUGUUUACUACAUUGCUUGUGAUCCUAUGGGUUCUCCUAUAGCCAUCAUCAAUAAAAUCGGCCACAUUGUGAAGUCAAUAGUGUACAACCCUUAUGGACAAGUAGAAAAUGACACUAAUCCAGGCUUUGAGUUCAGCUUUGGUUUCCAGGGAGGGCUAUACAACCCGGUCACUGAGCUGGUGAUCUUCAAAAACCGUGUGUACGACACAGACAAUGGCCGCUGGCUGUGUCCUGACUACAGUUCAAUCCUCCACAACAUCCAGAAAAUCAUGGAGGACCCCACAAUGCUGAACAACUACAGGUUCCAAUACCUAGUGAACACCCACACAAAGAAGUCCUAUCCUAUUCUCUCUGUGACUGAGUGGAUGUCUAUGCUGGGAUAUGACAUCAGAAGUCUUGCGCCAGAUGUGUCUUACACCGGAGAGAUUCGCCCCAAAAAGAAAGACACGGACCUCUCACUUCUUCCAACAUCCUCAGCUUUCGAGUGUACAUUCCUUCAAGAUAUGGACAGCCUGCUGACCUUGUCCAUUGUUCCACAGUCCAAACUUUCUCCGCUUCAGACAAGGAGGGAGGUACACUUUGCGGCUGUGGCCAGCAUCCUCGGGGAUGGUGUGACACUGUCGUAUCAUGACGGUCACGUAGCGGUAGGGGUGAUGGAUAACACCCCCAUCUGGUCCAAACAACUGGCUCAGGUGCUGAUUAAUGGAUCUGAGAUAUUGGAUCUGCAGUAUAUUAUUAAUGGAAAGGACGUCCACUAUUUUGUUAAACCAGAUAGUUCUAAGGGUGAAGAGGAUCUGAAAACUCUUGGCAUUUAUAAUGAUGAAAUUCGGUAUGAGAAUGGGCUCAAUGUGACGGUAAAGAGGACAUCCCACAGAAAACCAGAAAUGGAUGUGAAGCUGCAUGGCAAGCAUUCUAUUAUAAACAUCCGGUAUGGCACGAGUUUGGAAAUCGAGAGACAGCGAGUUCUAAACCAUGCCAAGGAAAGGGCCGUCAAUCAUGCAUGGCGGAGAGAAAAAUGGAUUCUACAAAAUUCCCUCACGUCACAGUAUCAAUGGACUUCAUAUGAAGUAAAUGAAAUCCUGACCCACGGGUCGGCCCGGGGAUACACGGGUCAGUAUAUACAUGCACAAACCCCCACUCAGUAUCCUGAGCUGUCAGAUGACUGCAAUAGCAUCCGAUUCCGAAAGACUAGCAAUAGGUGAUAUAAAUAGACAUGAUGUAAUUUGUUAUCACAUUGUUUCCAGUGAGGGUGCCAAAUAAUCAAAUGGACAAAUGAACUGUUACAAGAGAAUUCUGUUCCAUAUUGAUACUCAAAGCAUCUGUUAAUGUGUUGUGAUUUCCUACAUUAAUAGACACAAAUCAAAUUGUGCCAUGGAAAUGGACAAAUUCAAUGAGCUAGGAUGAGAAUGAAUGGUUUCUAGUGGUGCUAAUGUGAGAUUGCUUGUGAGUGUAAGUGAGGUUGCAUGUGCACAAGUGAUGUCACAGAAUAUUUAUUUAUUAUCCAAUCAAAAACAAUGGAUACAGUGAUUAUUAUGUUUCCAAAUACAUGUAUAUUGCUGUGUUGUGAAAUGUGUAAAUUAUCCAAGGAAGUGAUAUACCAAAACUUCCCUGUGUUGCCAUGGAGACUGUUUCCAUGCAUAUUGACACUGUAGUGCUAUAUGUGUAUCAGUAUUGCAGAAGUAUUGAUACUGGUAAUGUUAUAACUAUUGAUACUGGUAAUGUUAUAACUAUUGAUACUGGUAAUGUUAUAACUAUUGAUACUGGUAAUGUUAUAACUAUUCAUAUCAAAACUGCUGACAUUGUCAUACUAGUCACCAUCAGCUCUCAUUCGCACUAUUAAAAGACAAGUCAGUCAACUGAUGGUCAUGUGACAUCAAACUAUGUGCUUUCUCAUUCAAUUUUGCAUGCAUUUUCCCUGAACGUUUAAAGUCUGAGUUUUUGGAAAAAUUUUACUUGAAAGUUUUAAGAUAUAUUAAUGUGACACAUUUUAAGGCCUACAACUACAUUAAAUGUAAGUAACUUAACUGUACAAGAGGCCUUUCUUAAAAGGUGUGCAAUAUUUUUUACAAAAGAAACAUGUAUGGUGAUUUUUUUCUCACUCUUCCAUUUAUGAUGUAUGUAUUUUUAACAUGCUAUACACUUGUACUCAAUCAGACUUUUUUAAGUUAAUAAUAUGUUCACUUGUUUAGGUAGACCUAAUCAACUUGAGUUCUUCCUUUAAUAUAAUGAAAUCAUGCACGUCAGGGUCUAUAUGUUUUCUCUGAUCAAAGAAGGUCAGACAUAUAUCCUUGGUACAUUUUUUUCUGUUUUUGUUUAACUGUGAUAUGAUUCUGUUGCAGCAGAAUAAAUAAAGGAAUCCAAUCAUCAUGUAGACAAUGUAAUAAAACCAAGCUCUUGUUCUGACUAUGCAGGGGAGAACCUAACCGUGUGCUGAUCAUGUGUCUUCAGUUCUGUGUCAUUUUGUGCCAAACUCUUCGUUUCUAGCGCCAUCAACUACUCUCUAACUAGUCCCUAUUUAAACUGGUUAUUGGCCUUGAACCAAUUACAAAACACACAGCGUUGUCUUGGUUGUGUGGUAUAUAUGUCACAAAAACUAUGGAAGCGAUCACAAGAUGUCAUAUAAAGCAGUUCCACCAUUUCCUUUUCAUUGUGUACAGUUUCAUGUUCAUGGUAUAUCUUAUACAGUUAUGAUACUUUGUAUAUUGCUGUCUGUAGGCUAAAAGGUUUACAAAAUAAAUUAACAUAUUAUUUGAU